UCCACUCUCCACAGUCCACAGCCAAACCCUUAUCAUCCGCAUUAGCCCCAAUAACUUUUCAUCCUCAGAAGCAGGAGUGGAAGAAUCACCAUUCGCCAUAUGGCUUCAGCUUCGGCGCCGCUCGUUCUUCAUAUGUCCCCAAUCCGCCGCCACUCCUCAACUAUCUGCUCUCAAUCGGAGCAUCCGCUCAUCCCAACCCGGCGUCUCGUCCUCUCAUCUCCGGCGAUCUUUCUCAUGCUCUCAUCCACGGCAAAAGCAGAGGAUAUCCCACUGUUCGGCCUUAGGAAGAAGCUGAAGAAUCUCGAGGAGGAUGCGGUGGAGGUAGUGAAGGAAGGGGAGAAAGUAGUGGAAGAAGGGAUUGCGGCGGCGGAGAAGGAAGUGGUAGCGGCGGAGGAGGAGAUCGUGGCGGCGGCAGCAGGGGUUGGUGUUUUUGGGGAUUUGGCGCAGGCUGGGGUUGUGGCAGGGGCGGAGGUCGUUGGGGUUCUUAUUGGCUUGUCCGUCGUUAAUGGGAUUCUUGAACCGGAAGUUAGAUGAUCUUGAAGGAUAACAAUUUGUGCUUGCUUUUUGUUUUUUUUUUCUUCAGUAGCAUUUGCUCAAGUGCCAUUAGUUGGCUUUUUCUCGCAGGAAAUAAAUUUUUAAUCUUUUGUGCGGUUUUAAUGGUUUUAUGUAAAUUACUUACAUUAUUUGAAUGAUUUUGUGAGCUUUCUAUCCCCA